GGCUGACGUUGCUGGGGAGCGGAGAGAAGGAGGCGGGCACCAUGGCCGUGGCCGGAGGGCCGCAGGUUGUGGGGAGCGGUGUGUGUGCUGCCUCGCACUCUAACGUCUCCGCCGGAUUUCCUCCGCACCUGCAGGCCGGCGCGAUGCGGCGCCGCUUCUGGGGAGUAUUCAACUGCCUGUGCGCUGGAGCGUUCGGGGCUCUGGCCGCCGCCUCUGCCAAGCUGGCCUUCGGCAGCGAGGUGAACGUGGCUUUCUGCAUCUUAGGCAUUAUUAUGAUGGCUACCACCAAUUCUCUGAUGUGGACAUUCUUUAGCCGGGGCCUCAGUUUCUCCAUGUCUUCAGCCAUUGCAUCUGUCACGGUGACGUUUUCAAAUAUCCUCAGCUCGGCCUUCCUGGGUUUUGUGUUGUACGGAGAGUGCCAGCAGGUCUUGUGGUGGGGAGGAGUGUUCCUCAUCCUCUGCGGACUCACCCUCAUCCACAGGGAGCUCCCACCAACCAGCAAAGCCCUUCCGCACAAGCAGCAGUAGCACCAGCGGGCUGGACAGAGCUGCUGGAAAGACAGUGGUGGCGACUCAGGCUUGGGUUGGCGUGUGGGGACAGCUGAGGGCGAUCUGGGUGCACAGCCUUCCAACCCUUGGCCAAAGGGAGAGGCUUCCCGGGAGACAGACUUGUGUUGGAGCAGCCUUCCAGUGGGCAGCUCCAGCUUCUGUGAGGGGGAGUUCACCGCAGCGAUGUCCUGCCCUGAAGCCUUCUCCAUACACCUGCUCGGUGCUAUUGACUCACCUUUCCCAGCCACCCAGUGCGCCCUGGCAGAUGUGGGAGCCCCUGGGGUGAGCCAGCUUCCUCUUUGGACUUGAAAUCCUGCCGUAACUGCAGUCCUGCUGCCCGACAAAGACCAGUCACGGAAUUUUGGGAUUGGUGACUGGUGGGGCUUUUGACAACUUAAUACAGAUUUAUCAGGCCAUCUGGGUCAGGCUUCUAUAUUACAGCAAAAGAAGGAAAACCAGAUUAAUAAAUACUUUUUUUUUUUGUAAGUUAAAA